CUUGGCACUGCUGGGAGUGGUUGGACUGGGAGAUCUCAGAGGGAUUUUCCAGCCUGAAUGACUCCACAGUUCUGUGAUGCUGUAACUGCUUGUGAAAUGCUGAUCAACUGAACAGGCAGACUCAAGUGGCAUCCUUAGCACUGCCAGUUCCAGUAGCAAUUUAUUAAUCGGUGCAAUUAAUUCAGGACAACUGGACAAUUAAUUGGGCAAUUAAUUCAGCAGUGAACGGUCCCUGGACAGUAUUCUGGCUGACGUUUGCACUGCACGGAGGGGACGUGAGCAGCACAUCAAAUCCACAUUGUCACCAUUGUCACUGCCACCCUGGGACUGCAGUGCCAGAAAGGGAAGCCUGGCAGUGACACUUCUCAGGGUUCUCUUGCUGGGUCUCACCCCAGUGAAAUGGCCUCACUGUACUGCUGGUACUGGGGCUUAAGGAGUUUCCUGGAGAAUUCUGGAUGUUUCUGCAGGUGGGAGAGUCUCUUGGUAUGCUCAAGUUUCAUUAGGGUUCGUCUCAUCAAGGUCUCGCUCUUUCCUAGUCAGGCAAUAUGUUCCCAAUAUUAAAUUAGUGAUAUAAUUACCCUCUUUUAUUGUCUGUGGGCAGCUUGGUCUAGAGCACCAGUUCCAGCAGAAGUGUCCCACCUACCUAUCACUGUGCCCAUUAAUGUGUUUUCCACUUCUGUACGUUAUUUUGAACAGGUGCAAUUUCCUUGUAAAACCAGUUUUGCAAAAGUGGGAAGUGUUUAUUUUUUUAGUGUGUCAUUGGCUGUAAAAAAGCCACUUCUUAGGUAACAAACCUUUACAGUAUUUGGCAGGCAAAAUCACUGCAUUAAAAAAGAAAAAGAAACAAAAACAAACAAAAAGAAACAAAACCCCUGAAAACCAACCAAACAAAAAACCACCAAAACAAACAAACAAACAAAACCUAAACAAAAAAACCCACAGGAGAUGUAGACCGAGCUGUGCUUUUCUGGGAAUGUCCCACUUGCAGUUAAUUUUCAGCAGCUGGAGUGGCUGUGGCACUACAAUAACCCCUCUGUCUGGCUUUGCAAGGUGGAACAGGCUGCAGGCAGAGAUUUUCUCAAGGAAGCCUCCCAGAAAGGCAGUGCUGCUGCAUUCCUGUCCAUUUCCCAACCCUGCCAGCAGCAGUGUAUUCCACAGGAUAUCAGCUUCCCUCCUGGGAAAGGUCAUUCCUUGCCUCACAGGGAUACAGUGAGGAGGCUCCCUUGAGAAAAUCCCAUUUUCUCAAUUCCCAAGCGAGCUGAGAGGUUCCCAGUUUGCUUGGAAAUUGCUUUGUCUCUGCUGAACUGACACUUUCAGCCCUUGCUUUUCAUAAAUGCUGUGUUCAAGCCUCACGUUGUACAUUCCUUUUUGAUUUAAUGCUCUUCCUUUGUGUUUUCAGUGAGUCCUGGUGAUGGCAGCGACGACAGAGACCAACCAUAUCCAUGCAGUGAUGGAAGGGCCAGAAGGAGAUGAUGCCAAGUGCAGUUUCCAUCACACAAUGUUCCUGGAACCCCAAGAGAAGAAGAGGAAUGUGAAGGCUCUGCUGGUUAAGCAAGCAAAGGAAACUUGCAGCUGCACCCCAGCCAAAAUUAAAGAUUGCGUUUUGGGGUUUUUCCCCAUCUUACAGUGGCUUCCUAAAUACAAACUCAGGGAGUAUCUCCUGGGGGAUGUAAUGUCUGGUGUGAUCGUGGGGGUCCUGCUGGUCCCACAAUCCAUUGCCUACUCCCUGUUGGCAGGGCUGGAGCCCAUUUAUGGCCUUUACACCUCCUUUUUCUCCUGCAUCAUUUACUGCAUCUUCGGCACCUCCCGCCACAUCUCCGUCAGCAUCUUCGGCGUGGUGUGCCUGAUGCUGGGGCAGGUGGUGGACAGGGAGGUGGAGAGGGCUGGCUACCAGCUGCAGCCAGCUGUGCCCAGUGCCGUGCCAGGCCUGGGAGGGCUCGGGAACGGCAGCAGCAACGGGACAGAGCCGCUCUGUGACAGGGGCUGCUACGCCAUGGCCGUGGCCGCCACCAUCACCUUCAUCUCCGGCGUGUACCAGGUGGCCAUGGGUUUCUUCCAAGUGGGCUUUGUCUCCGUCUACCUCUCGGACUCGCUGCUGAGUGGGUUUGUCACAGGGGCCUCCAUCACUGUCCUGACCUCACAAGUCAAGUACCUGCUGGGCCUGGACCUUCCUCGGAGCGGGGGCGUUGGCUCCAUCUUCACCACCUGGAUAAACAUCUUCAGGAGCAUCCACAGGACCAACGCCUGUGACCUCAUCACCAGCCUCUUGUGCUUCUUGGUGCUCAUCCCAGGCAAGGAGCUGAACGAGCGCUUCAAAUCCAAGCUCAAGGCUCCGGUUCCGGUGGAGCUCUUUGUGGUUGUGGCAGCCACUCUGGCAUCUCACUUUGGGAAGCUGAAGGAGAAUUACGGCUCCAGCAUUUCUGGGCACAUCCCCACUGGGUUUCUGCCGCCGCGCCCUCCAGUCUGGACUCUGAUUCCCAGCGUGGCGUUGGAUGCCAUCCCCAUUGCCAUCAUUGGCUUUGCCAUCACCGUGUCCCUCUCGGAGAUGUUUGCCAAGAAGCACGGCUACUCCGUGAGGGCCAACCAAGAGAUGUACGCCAUCGGCUUCUGCAACAUCAUCCCCUCCUUCUUCCACUGCUUCACAACCAGCGCAGCUCUCGCCAAGACCCUGGUCAAGGAGUCCACGGGCUGUAGGACCCAGGUGUCCGGCAUGGUGACCAGCUUGGUGAUCCUUCUGGUCCUCCUGGUGAUCGCGCCUUUGUUUUACUCGCUGCAGAAAUGCGUCCUCGCCGUCAUAACCAUCGCCAGCCUCCGCGGGGCCCUGCGCAAGUUCAGGGACCUGCCCAAGAUGUGGCACCUGAGCAGGGUGGACACGGUGAUCUGGGGGGUCACCAUGGCGGCCACAGCGCUCAUCAGCACCGAGAUCGGGCUCCUGGUGGGGGUUUGCUUCUCCAUGCUCUGCGUCAUCUUCCGCACGCAGCGGCCAGAGGCGCCGCUGCUGGGCUGGGUGGCCGAGUCGGAGACCUACGAGUCCCUCUCUGCCUACAAGAACCUGCAAACCAAGCCUGGGGUCGUGGUGUUCCGCUUCGAGGCCCCCAUCUACUACAUCAACAAGGAAUGCUUCAAAUCCACCCUCUACAAGCAAACUGGGGUUAACCCCAUGUGGGUGAAGGCAGCCAAGAAGAAAGCAGAGAAAAGGAUGCUCAAGGAGAAGGAGGCGGCGUCGGGGGCCAAGCAGAGCAGCAUCCCCAGGGAUUUUGGGUCAGAACCUGUGGGGUUUCACACCAUAGUGAUCGACUGCUGCGCCGUGCAGUUCCUGGACACGGCCGGGAUCCGCGCGCUCAAGGAGGUCUGCAAGGACUACGGGGACAUCGGGGUCCAGGUGCUGCUGGCCCAGUGCAGCCCUUCCGUCAGGAGCUCCCUGCUCCGAGGGGAGCUCUUCAAGCAGGGGGAGGACCACCUGCUCUUCCACAGCGUGCACCAGGCCGUGGAUUUUGCCCUGGGCACACACGGUGCUUCCAAGAACUAGCGCGGAAAGAGAGAGAUUGGAACGAAGGCUGGCAAACGUGUCUGUGUGUCUGUGGAAUUGAUCUGGGUGUGCUCAGGUAGCAGGGCAGGGUGGAGCCAGCGCACUGGUACUGGGAAAUCUCUGGAUUUACCUGCCAGGGGUGGUGAUUCCAUGGGAGGUGCUGAAUGAAGGCACUUCUUAACUUGAUUGUGGCCAAUCUGCAGAUCUUUACUUUGCGUAGUUCAUCUCACAGCUCCUCUCUGGAGCUUUCCGUGUCUCAGUUCCACUCUUAACUUGUGAUCAAGUCUUUUUUGCCACCCUGUCCUUGAGGAUGGAGUGGGAUUUUGGAGUAGUCUGGGCAUCCUGUCCAGCUGAAGAAUGAGGCAACUAAUUUCUCAUCCCUCAUUGUGGCAUUGCUUUCCAUCAGCACACCCUUGUGUUUGCCAAGGAAUGGCUGCCAGGGACUGUUUGCUCUGGUCUUUGCUGGGCAGUGCUUGAAUUUGCAACCUCCCUGAAUCUCAGAUAGGGAAAUCAAAUCUAAACAUGCAGGAAAAUAUCUUAAUGAAUAUCUUCUAACCAAGCACCUCUCACCUCCAGAGGUUUUGGCACUGCCUCCUAAUUCAGCCAGGCCACAAGGACAUGGUUAUCUCAUUUCUCCACAGGCCUGUGCCCAUGGAAAUGCUGCCUCUCCAGCUUGAUUUUAAUGAUUUUUUUUUUAAUAGAUGACUCUUUAGAAGUCUGAUUAAUUCCUAUGGCCAGUCAAUUAUUUUCCUAAUAUUUAGGAGCUCUUUAGAACUGUGAACGUUAGAUAUGGAAAAUAUCUAGCUCUUUAAUUUUAACCAAAAAAAGUCCCUUCUAGGCUGUUUUUUAUGCCAGGUACAGAGAAUCACAGGCACCAAAGUGAAAAGGGACAAAUAGAUUAUUCAGCAUCUGCCCAAAUGUGUCCAUGUCACACAGACUUUGUGCAGGAAUGCAGGAUUUAUUGGCUAUAAACCCUUCGCUCUGUCCUGGACUUUAUGCCUUGGGAGUGCACAGACCAUUGGAAAAGGAGCCAGGAAAAUUCUUUCCUGAGCUUUUUUUUUUAACCAGGUCAGUAUAAAUAGAGCUUUUUACUUUGAUUUUAAAUUCUGUGGAAGUGAAGAGUGCCUGUUCUUCAUGCUAAAAUACAAGGGCAGGAUUUUUUACUGCUUUCCUCACAGCAGUAGAAUACAAUUGUGAAGGCAGAAUUGAGAGAUUAACAGCUUUUCCUGAAUACCAGCUAUACACAGCACACAUCCCUGGAAGAGGGUGCUUUCCUCCCUGAGGAGUUUACAAUCUGAAUUUCAGGUGCUUCACAGCUUUUAAAAGGGAAAGGUGCCAUGAACAGACAAUAUUCUCAUCCUUAAUAAUUCAAAAAUAAUGUGUCAGAAGUAAAAAAAAAGUGUAAAAUCCAAUAUGAACUGUGAAAUGUUUACUAAAUAGAAAGAGAUUUUGAGUUUAAGCUGUUUUGUUGGGUUGGUUUUUUUUUCCUGAGAAAGGACCAGUAACUAUUCUGUUCUUUCUGUGAAAGCUGAAUGCCACGGAGCACUUCACUCUGGGAGCCUCAGAGAAGGAUGAGGCAGCAGGAAGAUGAGUCCUUUUUGUGUUAACUGAAUUUACUGCAUUUUUGAGGACAGCAGAGCAGCAUAGAAGUGCUGGGGGAGGUGAGGGAAAAGGAGACCCUCACUGAUACCCACCCAUUGCACAUCCUAGAACUGGCACUGGUGAGGAAAGAAGCCUCUGUGUGUCGCUGGAUAAAAUCUGUUCAAACUCUGUUCAAACCCCACAGAUGUUCUGCCUCAGCCCUGGGGCCUCUUUCUGAAGGAGAUGAAUCCCAAAUUCUGCUGAAUUUUUCCCUCGCUGCCAUAACCUCCUGUACGAGCAUUUUGAUUCUGGGCUGAGGAUGCUUUGUGCAGUUUGGGGGGCUGUGAGCACUGACCUGGCACUGCCAGGGAGGAUUGGGCUCACUCAGAGCAGUGAGCAGGGUCACAUUUUUAGGCUGUAUUUCAGUUUUGAACCAAACUUGGUUUGUGGGCAGGUUUGUCCCCAGGGGGGUGGCAGUGCCAGGGUCUGGGGAGUCCCUUUGUAGCACAGUUUGUUCACAUGAUCAGAAAGAAUCUCUGGAACUUUGAAGAAAAACCUCCUUUGAAAUGCUGAUUUUUAACUCCUGUUUUGCCAGAGGGCAGAGCAGGCUAGAAGCACAGAAAGUGCUGAUGAAAAAGGACAGCAGGUGGUGGUUGCAAAUGUUUUAUUUGUUAUUGCAAAUAUUCCUGCCUGCCUGCAGCUGCUUUUUCUCACCCCUUUGCUCUGAAGCAUGGGCAGGACACAGGAGAGGAGGAAGAUCAGGGCAAAUCAACCACCAGUGGGACAAAAGUCAAAUAAAAACUGCUUUGGGUGAUUCUUGCCUCUUCCUCUCUCCCCCAUGUUCUUUCCAUGCUGCCCAGGUGGAGAUUUUUUUCACCUGUGACCGUGAGCAUGUUUGUGUAACCAAACUCCAAACCUUUAGUUAUUGAAAGAUGGUUUUGCAAAUCCAUUCUUACCAUUCUUGCCAGGAAGGGAGGAAAGCAGUGUUAACUCCAAAAAGGACCCACUUCCCACGAGUAGUGAGAUGUGUAUUUGUGGCUCCUGGGUAUUUAUUUACAUAAAAGCACAAUAAAACAGUAAUAAAAUUAUUUUUCAGGUAAUUAAAUUAUAUCUAAAAGAUGUGCUGAACAUUACCUGGAGCAUGUUGCAUUUGGCCUCAGUGCUGUUUGUGCAGCCUCCAAGUUUCAUUUCUAGCGAAACACAAGAAACUAUUAAAAUGCAACAGCAAAAGCAGCCAAAAAACAAACAAACAACAAAAAAAACCCAAAAACAAAAAAACCAACUUUUAAUGCUCUUAUUUAAAAUUAAUAAGUAUCAACUAAUGCACACUGCCCUGGCUAAAAGGGAACUGAAAUAAAUGCCAUUUGUCAGAGAGUUCAGUGCAAUAGGGAGUUGUUGGGAAUUAACUGGAGAUUAAAGCUUAUUAUGGCUGGAAUUUCUUAGAACAAGGGGUUUCAGCCCUGUUCCUCUUGGGCCUGGAAUUGUUUUUUAGCAGUGACAUGAAUCUGAUUUGAGCCUACUGGCAAGCAACACAUUUUACUUGACUUUGCUUAUGGACACUUUGAAGCAAUCCAAUUUUAUCUUUAGGAAUCUGGGAUCACUGAUUGGAAACGUUUCCUCUAAAGCAUUUGUUUUAUAAAGGAAUCCAUAUAUUUAUAUAUUUAUAUUUUGCUGCUGUGUGAUGGAUGCAGCAGCUGGAUCUCUCCAUUUAUCCUUUUGUGAUAUUCCUCUCCUGCCUUCUGCUGUUUUAAAUGAAAUGUGGUGGGCACGUGGUUGUUUUUUUAAGGGGAAAUCUGCCAUACUCACAGCUCCCUGUGCCUUCCCCCAUCCCCUGGAGUUGUGAAUUUGGGAAGAACCAUUGGGUUUGGGCUCUCCAUCACCUGGAGCAGGGAUGUUCCUCCCAGGUGCAGAACCCCAGGCCAGACUGGAAGCUGGUAUAAAUCAGUUCAGCUCUGUUCCCAAAUGUCCCAAUCAGCAAUUAUCAGUUUUAAUGAAGAAUUAAGAGAUCAUUAGCACGUUCAUUAAUGACAACAACAGCGCAUUAUGGAAAUGAACUCUCGGUCUCAGCUGCACUGGAAAUCUCUUUAGCACUCUCCUGCUGAAUGCCAGGCUCUGUUUUUUCCUGGAAAUGUUUCACCUGUCUGGGUGUUCUGACACAAAACCCAUUUUCAGUCCCCCUCACAAAACAGGGACUGGCACUGCAGUGGGCACGGGGGGCUCAUUUUGGGUUUCACAGUGACACUGCCAGGCUGGGAUUCAGUGAUGCUGAUUUCCUGCAGGACCAGCCUCCACCCUCCUGCUGCUCCUUCCUGUGUUUUGCUGCAAGACACCGAAUAUUGACUGUAAACAGAAGAAGCUGUGUGUGCUGCUGUUCCAUGUGACCUGCUGCUCAGUUUUCAUGAUCUUUUGAUAAAGCCAAAGCUCCUGAACAGUGAACUGAGUGCCCAGGGUGGGGACAGAGGUGCUGCCACCAGCCCCUGCCUCAGUGCUGGGCUCACCAACCACAGGUUUGUAGGGAAAAUUUGAUUUUAUUCCCGUCCUGCCCUCAGUUCUGUGUCCAUCCCCUGCCUGGUGGUGGCUCUCUCUGUGUCCUGUCCUGUCUGAGCUGUACCCAUUGCUGUUUUUACUGUUCAUGUGCCUUUUUGGCACUGGAGAUUUGUUAGCAUGAGAUUUUUCUGUCAAAUCUGGUAAAAUCAUUGGGAUUUCUUCAGCACGAUUAAAAGAUGAUAUUUA